GAGAAUAGCUAACUUUUAGAUUUAGCCGGGGGUCAUAAAACCGGCUCUUAGUAGAUUUCAUUAUCUGUAUUAAUAUUCUAAUAUAACUAAUGUUUAGUGAAUAUUCCGUGGUGGCCGGUUCCUACUCCCAUCCUAAUACUCCUCUCUUCCAUGGCCUUCAAAUCCUGUGGUAGAUCGGCCUCUACCGGGAAGAUUAGAUGUUCCUACCGUUUUCCUUCAUGUAGAUACUUUACUAAUAUAGUAGUUACGCUGCUUUGAACCAUGGCUGCUGGUUAACGCCGUAGGCCACCCAAAUUAAAAAAACAAUUUUACACGUCUGUAUUCCCGCGCGUUAUGUUGUUAUAUUUUUGAAAAUGCCCAAACGCAUAAAUAUUUCCGCAGUUACGGGAAUUGUAUGUGAGGUUCGAAGGUUCAAAGCUAUCGUGGGUUUUGGUUUGAAUGGCGUACACGAACAAGCAAUUUUGAAACUUGAUAGAUUGUUCAUUAACGGAAAGCGUUUUCGGACGGAAAACCUCACUGAGGUGUUGUCAGUUGGUUCAGUUGUUAAAUUUUGGGCUCACAACCUUUUGCAAGUGGGUGUUGAUAACUGUGGCUGGUUCAUCACUCAUGCAAUAAUACAAGAUUAUCAAAGAGAAUUCGGCAAUAGAAUUGGUGGCAUUGAGGGAACUGCUGAAUUCAUGCAGGCACUACAUUCUCACGUUGGCCGAGUAGAUGAGUUGGAUGACCAUAAUGGGAAAAUAAUAUGUAAGGAUAAUUCAGGAGCCAAAUAUGAGGUGUUCUUUUCUACAACAAAGUUUCAUAUUCAUGGUAAGAAUUUGGGGCCAAAUGGGAAACUCACAAACGUUCUGGAAAAUUCUGAUCUAAUACAUUUUGAUGCCAUCCCAACAAAUUCUGCAGACAACAUCAAGGGUUGUGAGUGGUACGCUACUCUUGUGUGGAUUGGGAAACGGCCAAAUGUGUAUGAAAUUGAAUCUCCCACUGAAGUUAAUUUUAGAGAGAUCAUCAGUGGAUCUAACUACAGAAGUUUUAUCUAUCAGGAAACGUACUGGGAAUGAAGAAGAGACAUCAACAUCAUCGCUGUCAUCAUUGGUAGUGGUUUCAAAUAAGGACAGCGAAUGUAAGAAACAAAAAACGUACUCAUUUCAGAAAACCUGGGAGACUGGUUUUCUUGCAGUCCAGAACGACGAUAAUACUGGUGUAAUCUGCCUACUCUGUUCGGCUUCUUUAUCUGGAUUUCGAAAAGCAAACUGUCAAAGACAUCACGAAACUCAUCACAGUGUGUUCAUGAAGGAAUAUCCAGUAAAUUCAGACGCACGAUUGCAUAAGGUGAGUGACUUAAAGAUAAAGUUUCAAUGUCAGCAAAAACUGUUUUCAUCCAACAGCAAUAAUAAUAAGCUUUCUACAGAAGUAUCCAUAGACGUGUCUAACAAACUAGUUCGGCAAGGAAUGCCAUUUUCAGUUGGAGAGGUGGUCAAAGACUGUAUUGUUUCAGCAGUGACAACUCUUGUUGAAAGCAUACCUGAAAAAUACCGAAGUAUUAUGAUAAAUGUGGCAAAGAAUGUUCCUAUAAGUAACGAUACAGUCGCCAGACGUGUUAAUGUUCUUUCUGCUCAAAUGAAGGAAAAUACUCGGCAAAAAUUGUCUGAGUUUGUUUAUUUUUUGCUAGCUGUGGACGAGUCCACCGAUGUCGCUUCGGUAGCUCAACUUAUGUGCUUCGUGCGUUGCAUUGAUAGUCACGGGACAGUUGAUAAUUUAUUUUUGACAGUUCUACCCCUACCAGGUUCAACUACGGGUCAAGACAUUUACACCGCUGUUACAAACUUCUUUGUGUCUAGUGAAAUUGAUGUGUCAAAGCUUGUAUGUGUGGUUACGGAUGGCGCACCUUCAAUGGUAGGUAAAAACAAGGGAUUUGUUACACUUUUGAAGAAAGAUGAACGCUUUCCUUCUUUCAUCCAUUUCCACUGCUUGAUUCAUGUUGAAAACUUAGCUAGUCAUUUUCAGUCAGUUCCAGAAAUACCAGAGCAUUUCAAAGUGAUCGUGAAAGUGAUUAAUUUCUUUGCUGCAAAACCUCUGAACAAAUGCCUGCUGAGAGUAUUCCUACAAGAUUUGUCUGCUCCACAUUUCGAUUUAAUUCUUCACACAGAUGUUCGCUGGCUAAGCCGUGGAAAAACUAUUUCAUGUGUUUGGGAACUUUUUGAAGAAAUUAAGGCGUUUAUUUCUUCCAGUGGUUAUGCCCCUCAGUUCCCUCAGCUGUACAAAGAUGAUUUCAAGGUCACCCUGGCUUUUAUUGUUGAUUUGUUUGAAUAUCUGAAUGAGGUACGUAAAUAUCCGCCUUCAAGGACCACAAAAUACUGUUAUUGAUUUGAAACAAAUAAUAUUUGCCUUUAAAACAAAAAUUGAAAGAUUCUUAUCGCUAGCUGAAAAAAAAACCAACUCUUGCACUUUCCGGAAAUGGAACGCACCUUGCAGAGUUUGGGCAGCACAGACUGUCCCAAGUUUGUUGUUCGUGCACUUCAAAACCUUACAAAUGCAUUCAGCACGAGAUUCCAAACCUUGGAAGAAUAUGAGUCGCUGUUCGCAUUGGUCUUUAAUCCACUAACUUUUCCAAUUGACUUAGGAAAGUUAAACUUAUUGAGCGGCAUGAUCUGGGACACGCUGAAAUGGAAGUAAUAGAAAUGCAGUCUACGCUGGCCAUGAAACUGUUAUUUCAAAAUGAAAAUCUCUCGACAUUUUGGGGUUCAAAAGACAUAGAAAAGUUUCCCAUUCCUACGUAAGAUUUCUACAUAUAUGUGUUAGAGUGCUUUUUCAGUGAUGAAGUAUGUUAAGAACAAAAUGUGAUCACGAUUAAGUGAAUCUUACUUGGAGGACUGUCUGCGGAUUGCCACAAGUGAUUUCCCGUUGGAUGUCCAGGAUCUUGUGAAUAACAUUCAGGUCCAAGGGUCUCACUAGACAUGGUGAACUAGCAGUGUUCGUUUUCCAUGCUACUGUAUGCAUCCAUCAUUCCUGUGUUUAAAUGCAGACUGUGAAUUGUCUGAAAUUAUCUGCAAACAGAUUUAAGGAUAGCAUUAAAAUUUAUUUUAAUGUUAUUUCAAACGAUUAAUUUUAGGAAAUAUGUCACGUAGUAUGUUGUUAUACUUCCUUUCCCUCAGUAUGAAUAAAACAUUUAUUUUUGCAGGAAAAUUGUUUUUGGUUUUUCUUGCUUGCAAAUAACAACAAUUGUAACCAAUGAUUCUGAACAAUUUGCAGGAUUAUAUUUAUUGGGCUAUAGAACAAAGUGUAAAAUACUUAUGCAAAGUAAGCUCAAAAAUUUUAAACUAAAUAUAAUUUUCUACUUUAUGCCAAUAAUAUGAGAAUACAUUUCAAUUCUACCUGAGAGUGGCAGGUGCUCACCACCUUAAGAAGGUUGAGUACACCUGGUGUCAACAGAAGUUGAAUGUGAUUUGAGACUUCACACACACACAUAUAUAUAUAUAUCAAUACAUAUAUUGUAUUGAUUGCUGGGUAUGAGUACAAAACUAUAAAAUUAUGCAUUUGGUUGCAUUAUUGACCACAUUUAUUAAUAAAACACUGUGCACAAGUAUUCUAGUUCAAUGCAUCGGCCAGCUAGAACUGUUACACACACAGAAAUAAAGCUUGCACAACAUGUUUAUUAUUUUAGGUAAUCAUUACAAUGGUAUUGAAUUUUAACAGUUUUUAAAUUUUUAGUAUUUAGUUGCUGUGGUAGCCCACCUAGCUAACUGAUAGCUACUUAGAAACCGGUUUUGAAUUUUCUGACAUGUGAGCCUCUAUUGAUCAUUAAUUUGGAGUUUAUUACAUUUUAUGCAUUAGUCUUUUCAAAUACAUAGGCACUUAAUUUCUUUACAUGAGUGUAAUGCUUUACAUUUUUUUUUUUGCAGAGUGAUUAACUGCAUUUUUAAUUUUAAGAAAUGGAUAUAUUUUUGUUGAUAUUGUGUGGUAACAUAAAAAUAUUUCAAUUGUGCACAGACCAGCUAUUAUACCUCAUAAUAACAUAAACACUACUAAUAUCACUUCUAUCAUGCUCCAACUACUAUUUUUUUCUGCUAUCAUCACUACUCUUACACAACUAUUGCUACUAAUAAUAAUUUAAAUUCAGCAAACUCUACAAGGUUCAGAUUUCAACGAAUGCUAGAAAUAUCUGAUAGAAGUUGAGUCCUUUGCUGGAAUAAAUGUAUUUAGUUAGUGAUCCAUGUAGCAGAUUUCCAUGACUUUCAACAGCAAUUAUGGAUGCCUGGUAUCUUCUUCCUGCUCUGUCGUAUGGAUGAUUACUGGUGUUGGGAUUAGGGGAUGUUGGCUGCAGUUCAUUCCAUUCCGGUCUUCCUUUUGUGCAGAGCAAUGUCACAGAAAAAUAAAACUUUUUUUCAGCAGGUGAUACUGAAAACUGGUUCUGAAGAAAGGAAAUAAAAAAGCUGGGCUUAUAUUCUGGUGAGUGCGGUACCGAUAAAGCAGCUGUCCAAGUGCUGUUUUAAAAGGUAACGAUUAAUACAAUGCAGGGCUCAUGAGAAAUAAAUGAUUCUAAAAGAAGGUUACUAAACCAUAAAUUACAAUUUAAAAUGGACAAAGCUCUCUGGUGUAAUUUUUUUCUCUGGUCCAAUUUUUUUGAAUGUAAACUUGCUUUACAGUAGGGGAAGUCCGGGCAAAGCGCAUAGGCCGGGUAAAACGAAUAAAGGCAGUAUUAACUGAACGACAACGGAUGGCUCUAGCCUACUCGCCCAGGAGGUGGAGCUAGCUAUCGGCCCUCGAAUGAACUCGGUACGAGAUGGACAUCGACAGGAACGGCGCAUACAGAUAAUUACAAAAGAUUGUGCAAGAUUUGUUAAGAUUUUAUAAAGGUGAGUUGUUUAAAACUACUCAAGAAGUUUUAACAACAGAAUAAUUAUUACUGUAUCAUAUGAUACCCAUACAAUGGCCUACAUGUAUAGCAUAUAACGUAAAUAGUAACGUGUCAGUAAAUUUUAUUUACUCUCAUUGUUCUGUAAUGGCUGCAAAGCGGGCAAAGUGAAUAGCUAUUCACUAUGCCCGGAUUAAUAUUAUUAGCUAUUCACUUUGCCCUGACAACAAUUUAAUGAUACAAACAUAAUUCAUAUUGAUAUUUAAAGUAACUACCAAAUGCGUAUCCCGAGUGUGCAUGUCGUAUCAUUCAGUAGAAAAAAACCUAAAAUUAUAGUGGAGAAUAAACUGUUGUUCGUGGAAUGUUGACAAUGUUAGAA